AAAAAAACACUAUCCUUUGCUGCAUUCUUCGAGUAACUUUUUAUAUUUAAUAAAAAAGAGGUAUCGUGAUCACAAAUUUUUGAUGUAGUAUUUAGAACUUUUUUAUAUAAACAUUUUUACUGGAGAUGAUCUAACAAGAGAAAUUUGAUAGUAGUCGCUGCAUUUUUUAUUCGAACAAUGUUAGUCAAAAGGCGAUUUAUCAUAUUGUUAUUUUUUACCGCAUUACUUGCGAGCCCAUUACUAAUAUCUGGAAAAAAGGCUUUUACUGCGCAAGUUGUCGAAGAUAUAGUCCAAAAUGAGAUUGCUAAGAAGAUGCCAGCAGCAGCUACGGGAGAAGGGGGAGGUGGAAAACACCAAAAGAAGAAGUCAUUAACAGGUGUUCAUUUAAAGGAAGCAACAGAUGCGAUUAAUAAACUGGUAGACGAAAGCAUAGUUGAUCGAGUUCAAGAAGCAGAGAAGGAAGUAUCUCAAAUGCUUUUGAAAAGCAUUGAGCAUCAUAUACAAGAUGCAGGAAAAGUGCUGCUCAAGCAGGAUGAAAAUACUUGUCGUGAUAAACUAGAAAGCUGUGAUAAAUUAUCUGAAGCAGGGGUGUGUGAAACCUCAAAAGACGCCAUGGUCAUAAACUGUCCAAGUAGUUGCAACUUUUGUGGCAUGCUUGAAGAACUAAAGACUCAAGCAAAGGUCGACAAAAUUAAAGAAGAAAGUAAACCAAAACCAAUUAGAAAGAAAAAAAGGAAAAGUAAAAAAUUAAGAAAGCACAAACGAAAACAUCGUACAUCUGUAAAGAAUUCAAAUCUGGCUCCAGAGGAAGUUCGUUUAAUACAUGAAAAUAUGUUAAGUCAAGCCAUAGACCAUGCUAAUUUACCCAUGGCUGUAACAAAUACACCAGUGGCUACUGAUUAUGAAAGUUCGGCUACAGAACAUCAAAAUAGCGAAGCUAGAGAAUACGAGGAAGACGAGAAGCAAGCUGCAGCAGAAGAAGAAAAAGAAGAAAAGGAAAAGGAGGAAGUUGAAGCAGAAGAAGAAAAAGAAAGACAGCGCGAAGAAGCAAUAAAAAAGAAAAAGAAGGCUUAUCAUAAACGUAAACACUCCCCAGAGCCAGUUGCUGCUUCAGAGGAACCAAAAGAAAGCGAAUUAAAAGCCAGAUGCCAUCCAAUGUGCGCAAAACAAUGUUUACCAUCGUGUGGGGAAGGAUGUUGCAAAACAUCUUCUGCAGCGACAAAACCACGUUGCCAUCCAAUGUGCAAAACAGUAUGUUUACCAUCUUGUGGACAAGGUUGUUGUGCACCAGGUGUUUUACCACAGCCGCAACAGCACGAAGGAAUGUGUCCACCUGGGUGUCCUGUGUCUUGCGCACCAAUGUGUCUUGAUGAUUGCUGUUAUAAUGCACAACAGAGCAUGCAACCACCUCCACCUCCACCUAUGUUACCGCAACCACAGUUUCCUCAAGUGACCAUCGAUCCAACAGAACUGCCUAUAGUAAUGAAUGUGCCAGCUUGUACUGGAGAUUGUAUAAACUCAUGCGAUGCUUCAUGUCCAGCAAUGUGCUGUCCUAGCAAUAUGGAACCAUACGCACCUUCGCCAGGUAAAGUUUUACAUUGCCCGUCACCUUGCUCACAAAGCUGUGCACCAGCCUGUCAACCUGAUUGUUGUCAAGCAACUAUGCCACGUAGAAAACCUCCUCCAUCUCCUCCACGUCCUCCACCACCUCCCCCACCUCCCCCACCUCCCCCACCACUACCACCUCCACCACCACCACCACCUCCUAGACCACCACCAUCUUCUUUGCCGGCUCCAUUUGAUACUUGUCCUGGUCAAUGUCCAAAGAUCUGUGCACCAGGCUGUGAUUUUGACUGUUGUCGUCCUUAUCUUGACCCAGUUAUAGUACAACAAAUGCAACAGGAACUAAUGCCACCUCCUCAACUACCACCACCUCCUCCUCCACCACCACCACCGCCACCUCCUGCUCCUCCCAUGAGUAAGGUUAUACAUAUACAACACGUAUAUACGCCGCAGCAACCGGUUCCAGCACCACCAGUUAGUGAAUUACCAGCUACAUGUCCAUCUGAAUGUCAGCAACAUUGUGGACCAGCAUGCGCAAGAGAUGGAUGUUGUACAGACAAAAAACGCAAACGAAACGAGAUGCCCAGAGCACCUCAACAUGGCAGAUAUAAAAAAAUAAGACAGAGAGUCGGUGUAAUUGCUGACUAAGCAUAUUUAAAAAACAGCUUUUUUAUAAAAAAAGUGCUCAAUAACCAACCAGAAGUCAUUUCCAUUCAUCAAUGCACUGAAAAUAUUUGUCUUUAAUAUACUCCACCAUCCCUGUUAGUCAAAAGCCACUUUAGAGUAUUUAUAAUAGUAUUACGAUAUUUUUAAUAAAACGCGUUACUCCACGUUGUCCGGUAACGCAAAUGCUUCGUUUGUAGCUGGCGAAUAGAUGACAUCGAUAAACAAAAAGUUUCGGAACUUGCUGGAACGUAAACUUCACGAAAAAAUGUCUUGUUGGUGUGAUGUCCCAUUUGGCAGAAACUUGUACAUGCGAAGUAUUUUUGUAAGAAAUUAUAGUAAUUAUUUAGAGGCGAAAAGAGCAGAUUGUUCAGUGUAUACUUAAGAAUACAUGAACAUUGCACUAGCGAAACCUACCCAACUAAAGUAGUGUCUCCAAAUGCCCAUUUCUACAUUUAAUUUUGUGUGCUUCUUCGUAGAUAGCAUUCUCUCGAUCUUAAAAAAAAUAUUCUCAAGAAAGAAGAAACAGGCACCACUUGUGUACUGAACAAAAUCCUUCUAUGCCUAAAAUACAGAACUACAUUGUGCCAAAUUGAUUAAGCAAUUUCGUUUAUUUUCCUAUAAUUUUUCAGAAAUAAAUAUUCUACGAAUAUUUCUAAUAUUAGAAAAGUAUUAAAAAAUACAAUUUUAAGGCUUCCAUGUAUCUUCAAGCAUGCAAAUUUUUUUUUUUACAAAAAGAAACUAAUUAGCUUUGUGGGUAACAUUCUCGUCUGUAUAAAGCAUUGCAUUUAUUCGUGCAUGAAAAAACAAGAAUUUUGCACGGGAAUAAUUUCUGAGCUGUUAGAAAGUUUUGUAUUUUUUGUGUUGUUGUCUCUUCGUCUUUUUUGUUUUACACAUCUCAUCUCAUCCUGUUUUUACUUUGUGAGCUAACUAGCAUAUUUACAGAGUUUUGUAUCAUAACAACAAUAAUAUAAUAACUAGAAAAAAUCAAAUUGUCUUCCUCUGAUAUUCAGACAUUAUUUUCCUUUUGGGUAUGGCUUUUUUGGAAGAAGCAAUGAAGCUUCAUAACUUAUGUAAGUUGUUCCUAUGACAUGGCACAAUUAUGGUACAAAACGAAAAAUAAAUAAAAAAAUAAAUUAGCCUUAUUAUUUCAUCCUAACUGUUCUUACUCUCCCUAACGUCUUCUAAUUGUUGCUGACGUCAGCAUGGCCAUUUUACACAAAUUUUGGGGCCUUCCUGGGGCCCGACGUGGAUUAUUUCGGUGUGCAGGCGUGCUAGAGAAUAUUAUUAGCAACAGCUCAACGUUAUUUGCCUGGCUUACGUAUGUGC